CCUGAUCCAGCACUCAUUAUGGCGUCGAGUCGAUGAGUGUUGUGCUAUGAAGCGCGCAGUGUAGUUAUGUGUGUCCGUGAAUGUUGUGAUUUUAGUGUUAUUUUAGUGAAAUAUGCCGAGAAAAAGAAACGGCGAAAUCCCUUUACCCGCCGGAUGGGAUUUUGCUCGCGAUUAUGACGGGAAAAUAUACUUUAUAGACCACAACAACAAGAAGACCACUUGGAUAGAUCCGAGAGAUAGGUAUACAAAACCGCAAUCCUUCGCAGAUUGCGUAGGAAACGAACUACCCCUAGGUUGGGAAGAAGCCUAUGAUCAUCAUAUUGGUGUUUACUACAUAAAUCACGUUAAUCAAUGUACGCAACUGGAGGAUCCUCGUUUAGAAUGGCGAGCCAUUCAAGAGGAUAUGCUGAGAGAAUAUCUUCAUACAGCACAGGAUGUUUUAGAAGCAAAGAAAGAAAUUUAUGACAUCAAGCAACAAAGGCUGUACUUAGCUCAAGAUGAAUACAACCAUCUUCAUAAUGCUCUUUCUACUCUUAAUGCAUCCAGGACUAGCUUGUGUUCCAGUUCCAGUAGUGCCAGCACUAAAUAUGAUCCUGACUUGCUCAAAUCAGAUGUUGCUUUAGCACGUGACCGUGUCACCAGGCUGAAACGAGAAUUAGAACAAAUUAGGGCCGAAAUGACAUAUACUCAGCGGGGUGUCGAAACUCUAUCCUCUGUCGAACAAAAACUUAGUGCUAGUGCCGGUGGUUGCUACAAUAUUGCUGAAGCUCAAGCGAUUAUAGCGGAAUUGCACGAAAUUCAAAGAUCUUUAUCAUCUGGAGAGAAGGAGCGCAUGUCAUUGAUGCAGUCUCUCGCUAAACUGAAAGAUGAUCUAACGCGACUUCAGCUGUGCAGUGACUCCUCCCCAGACAUAUCCACGCUUUCACUCCCCCUGGACAAACUCUCGACUGCUUCUCAAACAGAUCUGUCAGGAGAAUUGAUGCCUAUGGGAACGCGUUUGGCUGAAAUGGCGCGCAUGAGGCUGGAAUAUGAUGAAGCAAGGAAGAAAAUCCAACAGAUUCAGCAGCAAUUGGCUGAUCUCGAGGAGAAAGUAACCCCAGGUCAAGCCGAAUCAGACAAAGAUAGGUUACUGUUAUUCCAAGAAAAGGAGCAGUUACUGCGUGAAUUGCGAAGUAUUACUCCAAGAACUCGUAGCAAUAAGGAAAUGAGUGAAAUCCAAGUUGAAAUCAAGAGAUUGGAACAAGAUCUGAACACAGCUCUAGAAAUGUCCAAUAGAGCCAUCGCAGACAGAUUACGUUUGCAUGAAGAAAAGCAGUUGCUACUGCAAAACCUAAGCGAAGCGCUAAAAGCAAUGACUUUACUAGAAUCUCAACUAAAAACACUUUCAGCCUCAACUCUCUCUGUUAGUUCAAGUUCCAGUUUAGGCUCACUCUCAACAACUAGUAGUAAAGGUUCUCUGAGUAGCUCAUUAAGUUUCACAGACAUUUACGGUGGACCACAGUGCACGUCCUCAACAGACAGGCCUGUCGAUAUGAUCGAUUUGCAAAGACGAGUAGAAAGACUGUUGAAGAACGAAAAUUCGUCUUCGUCUAGUUCCAUAGCUUUAUCUCAGAUACCUCCCCCGCCUUUGUACGAAGCUCCCCCUAGCAGUGUACCCCUCUCCGAUCUCCUCUCUCGGUCAGGGAAUAGUUCACAAGGAUCCGGCUUGGGACGGCCGCCUUCACCGCCUCUGUCACCAAUCUCAGAAACUCCGCGUUCGGUGUCUGACGAAUCCGUUGCAGGGGAUUCUGGUGUGUUCGAAGCGUCUAACAAAAGUCAUACAACUCAUUCAGACAUCAACUUAGAAACCCCACAAAUUCAGAUAAAACUCAGGUAUUCCGCUGCAGACAGUCUUUUACAUGUCGGAAUUGAAAGAGCAAGGAAUUUGAAUGCACUCCUCGUUCCUGAGAACUGUCAAGUGUAUGUGAAAGCAGCUCUUCUACCAACAGGAGGCAGCGCAACAUUAACUUGUUGUACAAAACCCAUAUCAGAUUUGACGCGGCCCAGGUUUGGUGAGAACUUCCCCCUUUCUGUAGCAAUGAACAAAUUAUGCACAAAAACAUUACAAGUCAAUGUCUGGUCACUCUCACCGGACAAGCAAGUUGAAUGUUUGGGUUGUGCUCAAGUAAGUCUAGCUGACUUCAGCCCAAAAACAACAUCUUUAAAAUGGUACAAUAUCCUAGGUUUUAAAUUUUUACACGGUGGAGGGCGUUCUUCACAAGUGAUGUCAUCGAACAAAGAAGAAAGCUCAGACGAUUCAACCAUCAUUUCUUCUCAAACUUCCACUCUGACCAGAAACCAAGGUUACGGAGAAGAAGAUGGUGUGAUGCUGAGGUUAGAUGAACUGAGGAGUGAAGACGAAGACGAUUACGACAGUUCAGACGAUGGUGAAGAAGGAAACAAUCCAGGUCACGAUGAUGAUGAUGAUAGCGAUUGUAGUGAGCAUGGUAUUCAAGUUUUCUGUGUCCAGGACGAAAACGGUCUUGGCCAAGUCUUAGAGAUAGCGGAGGAGGAAAGCAUAGAUACAGAAGACAAAGAAACAAACACUGAAUGUUGUUUUGUCCCAGAAAAAGGUGGCUCUGCACAGAACAAGAAGCUAUCACCAGCCAUCGUCAUCAAAAGAUCACAGACGUUUUCGCCUGUGGCUAAAAAUCAAUACAUUUGUAGGCUUAAUAGAAGUGACAGUGACUCAUCAAUGCCAUUGUAUAGGAGAUGUUAUAGCAUCGGGUUCUGUAGUAACGUAGGACCUUUCAAGCGCAACUCAGUCGAAAGGCGAUCACUCCGCUGGGGGAAAAGCCUCACCUCAAGUUCGAUGAGGUCUCGGCCAAGUCACUCUGGUCCGAGGACUAGCGUUGAUCUGGAACUAGACUUGCGAGCGCAACACACAAGACUGCAAACACUGCAAGAUGAGCUGCAGAGACUUCGCGACUUGAAAACCAAGUUGGAAACUGCUAAGGAAAGGAAUGAUUUGGAAAUCGCUGCGUGGGUUCUUGAAGACACUCAAUUCCAAAAUCUUGUUGCUCAGGCUGCUGGUAAAACUGCUGAUGACAGUAAAGUAGACAAACUACUUAAGAAAACAUCAAGGGAAAUCUAUAAACUUCGAAAGAGCAAAGCAGGCAAAGGCAAACCAGAUUUAAUUUCAUUCAAGGAGAAGAUGGCUUUCUUCACGUGUGCAAACUUAUCCGUUCCUGUUCUGCCCUCAAGAGAAGAGCCCAUUCCAUCCUCGCCCAAAUCUUGCACAGAUCUUCCACCUGCGCCUUCAAGCUCUCCAGCACCAUCAACUUCGAAAGCUGAUGCUUCUACGGAGCCUGAACAACCACGAAGAUACGAGUACACGGUCGACAGGACUCUUGGAGUUGAAGUUUAAACAUAAUAGGUCUGGUAACCCAUGAAGGUUGUUCAAACAAGCCGCUUCGGUCUGAAGCCAAAUCCCAGUUUUUACACUCUGUGUUUCCAGUCAAAUCAUAGAAGACUAUAAACCUCACCAAGCAGGGAAAAAUUGAGGGUUUAAAUUCUAUGAUAUACUUAAACGAUGUUCUGGUAUCACAGCACCCACCUCUUGAGUGCUUAUUCUGUUGCAAUCAUUAAAAGAGUUCCAAGACGAUUGUAGAUUCAAAAUGUUGAAGCUGAUUUUCUUCACCUGUCACAAAAUUUUCACUCCUUUUGAUAAUUGCCAGAAAAGCAACCCCCACAUUUGAUGAAAGUUUCAAAAGUACUCUCUCUGAAAGUUGAAAUUAAAAUUUUGUAAAGUAGUGGCCUGAGAUUUUCACAUAUUGCAACAAAUUAUGCCUUGAAGGCAGAUUUCUCAUCUUUGAAUUUUUCGAGUCCUGAUACUUUUAUGAUCAGCGAAAAGACACAAAAGCCUAAUAUGCCUAAAGAGCAUGCUUAUAUGGUAAUGAAAACAAGUUUGCAGAACCCGAAAUUUUAGUCCUGUUCCACAAAUUGUCGCAGAAUUAUCAUCAAUCUACCACAAAUACAGUUGAUUUAAUCAGAAUACUGGUUGUGCCAAAAUUCUAGUUCUGGCCCUGCAAUAAGUGAUUGCAGAAAGGUCACAAUGACACAGCCAUAAUUAACAUUUCUGCAACUUACUGAAAUGUUAUUUUUGGCAGUUGCUGGGUGGAUAGUCAUCCAAAAAGUCUAGACACAAAAUUAAAUAAGAAUUUCUAGUUCUGUAAACCAUUAUCUUUUCUCAGUAGGGAGCCAUCUUUUGUGUUUUUUGCCUCCUUUCAUAGAGUUACUUCAAUUACGUCCAUCAAUCUCUGAUAACACUGAUACUUGUUUAAAAAAUGCUGCAUCAUAUCAGUUCUCAGCGCCUUAAUGAUGGGGGUAGCUGAUGAGUGCAAAUUCAAUUCGUACGUUUCCAAAUUUUUUGUUCAUAAUGAAAUGAACAGAGCCUUCGGAAGGUUUUCCUCGAGACCUCUGAUGGACCAUCGAUGCCAAUUUUAAAAUGUUGUUCUAUGUAUUUGUUAGUUUUAUUAUUGUUGAUCUGUGUUUAUCUUGAUGGAAACAAGCCUUUGAGGAAGCCAAUUGGAUAAGAUUCGCGCUUUUCCGUGAUUAGUUGAAUCCUCUCAUAAAUUCUGAAUCAUUGUAAAUAAGUUAUUCCACAGAUGUCGAGAAGGAAAUUGUGCGGCCCGGACAAUUGCUCAAACUAAUGUAAUUUUGUCUCCUAGUGAUGUAUUCUCUCAUUUGUUUUUACUUUCUGCAGUGGUCAUAACCUAAAAAGCAAGGCAUCUCUGAAAUAUUUACAUACGUAGCGUUUAAUGAGAAGUUAAGAAAGUAUUUGUUCCGAUAGUGUGGAUGGUCUGUUGAUUCAAAAUCUGUUUUCUCUAUGUGCAAUUGAGGACCCCCUGGUUGUGAGAAUAACACAUUUCAAGUUUUGUAUAUGAUGUACUACGCAAACUAAGCUUAGCAGGUACCCUAUUUUUGUUUUUUUGGAUGACCCAACCCUUCUAUUGAAGGAUGCCAGGUUGAUAUUGCAAUACAUUUUCGGUUUUCGUGGAAAUAUCCUUGAUUUUAUAAAUUAGUUAGGCUGUAAUCCUCAACAAUCUUCGUUGAACUUCGUAAGUAAAAAAGAUCAUAAUUGCGCAAAAUUAAUGCAAAAUGAAUAAGCAGUGACGAUCUGCGAUACUCGCAAACCGAAAACAUUGUUACCGAGUUGAUGGGCGCAUAGAAGGUCCCCGCACAUAUAAAAGCAGUUUAUAGGCUGUUAUUGCAUACAAUAAUUUUCGUUGAAGUUGUGAAUUAAAAAUCAUUAUAAUCGUGCAAAAUCAAUGCAAUACGAAUGAGCAGUCACUAUCAGCAAUAUUGGCAAACCGAAAAAAAUAUUAGCGAGUUGAUAAACGCAUCGAAGGCCCUCACUCGUAUAAGCUGUUAUUCCACUCAUUGCUCCAGAAGCCUGACUUAACUCGGGGGAAAAAAGGGUUUUUGACCUCCAGCCGUUACCUAACUAUGUUCUACCUAUACCACGGUAUAGUUCAGGGUAUUGAGAAUCCGAAAAGCUAAUGGGAGUGAUAAUGACCUAUAUGUGUAUGGGCCGCCAUUAGUGCAGGGUCCUCAAUUGCUCUACACUCUUAACACAAUUUUCACGAUUUCGAUAGCUCGAAACUGAAUCAGAGAGUAUACCCUGCCACAAUUCUUUCACCCAUUCUGAAUGAGUCAGGAAUAUGUAAACGGCUUUCUAAUGAAAUGUUUAAUGAUUGCUUGCAUUAUGAUCACCAAAAAAUGAAGGAUGCAACCACGUAACCAAAUUGCUUCUUGAUAUCAAUCCCGCCGCAACUUAUCAUUAUUGUGAUCAAGAGCUUUACUCAUUCGUAUCAUAUAUUAAAAAUAACUCAUCGUUAACUUUUUUCACUGGCUCACAUCAAUUUGGUGCUUUAAAACGCAAUAUGUGCCUUAAAACGCUACAUCAGUGUGAUGAAUGCUCAUAAAUGUUAAAAAAUGCCAUACUUCAGUUUGUUUUACUGUUCACUAUUCGUGUAUACAUGUUUAUUAGGUUUGAACACAAGGUGCUCUUAAAGCGAAAUUUUCUACUUAUUUUCAUCAUGCCGCCAGUUUGGCUGAUAGAUGUUGUUUUCUGUACAGGCUGAUUGUUUCACCAUGCUAAAUUAGAGGUAAACCGAAAGCACUUGAUGCAUCGUGUUUGAUCUCUCAAUCUUGAAAAAUGAAUCGCUGAAAUCAGAUGAUAAAUAACUGUGUAAUUUCACAGCUCUGCUGGAAAAAGAAUUCUUUUGAUACUGGUCGAAGUAAGCGAUUUAUUUUUGUUGGUGUUUUCCCCUAACUUUAACUGUUCUGCGUUUUAAAUAUUUACUACCUUGCCGUACUCAGCAGUUGCCUCUGAAAAAAAAGACUAAGUUUCCUCCAGUCCCAAACGUUAUCCUUAAUAGAGGGACAGAAGUCACUUUUGUUUUAUGGGCAUCAUUUCAGUGAUUUUAACAAAGAUUUUUCAUCCUCCUGGAUUAGUUCCAGCAUUUAGCCAUGAAAAAACUUCCAAAGAUUCAUUUUGUUCUCAAACUGAUUUCUAACUGUAAUGUAACUGGUGCUGUUUUUCCUGUAGAGUUGUGUGAGGAGUCUAAGUAGUAGUUUAAGUAACGCAAGAGGCAACAAGGUUGUAUCACAAGCAUGAAAUGUGCGAUAAAUAAGCAUAUUUCAAUGAAUCCUAGUUUGUGCCAUUCUGAAUUGUUAAUCUCUUCUCCUUCCAUCGUUAUUGUCUCAGCAAGUUUCUGAAUCUCUAUCCGUAACUUUUAGCAAUUCUAUCAGAUUAGUUGGCAGCAUAGCAAAAAUGUAGAAGGUGAUAGAUGAGUAGCUAUCUUGUGUCUGUUAACGUCUUAGGAAUGUAUAUCUGCCAAUGAAAAUGUGGCUAAUCAAAGACUGACUCUAUCUUGUAAUGGACCCAAAUUUGCAACGAUCCUCGAGGGCAGCUUCCUGUAAUGUAGGAAUGUUCAUUUCUCUGCUCGUCACCUCCUUCAUUUUUUCUGUGCGUCGUCGCCUUUCAAUUAGAUAGCACCGGCGACUAUUUUACACCUUUUUCAUAGGACAGCACUAAACGCUUACUCAUGCUGCCAUGCACCGUAAACGACCAGUGUUGCGGAUUCACAAGCACACAUAGGGAAAGCUUUUUUUUGUGUGUGUGCCACAAGUAGAGACUAAAGUAGAAAAUUUUCUUCCUUGGGAAUGGAAGUUUUCCCCAAAACGUCUCUAAGAAUGUCCCCCGGAAACUUUGAUCCCUAUACCUAAUUCAAUUGAUUAGCUUGCAUUUCUAGCUCCUAUAUUUUUCAUGAGGGGUUCUGUAUUUCCCUUCAGGAUAGGGAAGUUUCUGGUUUGUCAUUUCGAGAAAUCGUUUGAAUUUUAUGAACUAGAAUUGGUUGUCACCAAGCAGAAUGAUUCCCUCUUUCUAAGAGACUACUAAAAACUAAGAGACUAUACAUUAAAAUUAAAUUUUCUUUGCAGACCGCAUCUAAUCGACUUACAUUGUAUUCAUUCAACUUGUAUUCAUCCUAAAUUAGUCGACUGACGGGUUGAAUGUGGUUAAAGAUCUGCUUCUUCUAUUUUCACAUAGUUAGUAAAGUAAAGAAUGACAAUCCAGGGUCUCUAGCUGUAAGUCAGUCAAAUUUCUUUGGUAUGAAACCUGUAGGAAGUACUUGAUCCCCUUUCGUGCACAUAUUAUAGGAAUGAUGGAUUUGAUAAUAGUGGCGGAAAGUGUGCAUUAAAUAUUCAGCCGGAAACUUCCUUAAAAAUCCUGAAGUCAAAUUUCUAAGCAUCCAUUUUAUUGUCCAGUUUGGUGAUCAAUAAGCACUUUGUCAUCCUUCCAAACGUUAUGUUAACUCCCUUUUCCUUCUUUUAAGAGGAAUUUUAUCCGCCUUAUAUGUAAUGAAAAUCUACCUGUCCAACAUCCCCCAGUGCCUUAACUCUUUCUUCAUGCCUUACUUCUCAUCCAUGGUUUUCUAUCUAUCAAAGUGUCUUUCACAAUGAAGCUGUUUACUUUACUUUAUCACCAAUAGCAGUAGCUAACGAUUGUUUUGGGGAGUGCAAGAGGUUAAGCUUGAGGCUUACUUGCCGGAGGGCUUGGCAGAAGUCCCCAUGUCAUCUUCCUUUUCUAUCGAGCAAUGAACUUACUAAAUUACUAUUAGAGCUUAAAAUGCCUUUUAUGAUGAAACAUAAAUUUUAUUUCCUAUGCUCUUGCUUUAUUUUUGUUUCACUUUUUUAAGGAAUGAUAGGAAACUUUAAACGAGAACUAUCCGGAGCCAGGCACUUUGUUCCUUGGUUAUAUCCUGUGAUUUUUAAUUUCUCACUUUGUACUGAUUCUUGUUCUUGUUAACUUUAAAAGCAUUUUUAUCUAGGAAAAAUAUCCUACUUUGUACAUUCAUGUAUGUAUAAUUGAGUUAUUUGUAUUUUUUUCAAUUGUAAGUACUUGUACAAAAAAUGCCAUUAAAUUUUAUAUAUUCAUCAAA